AUGACAGAUGAGGAGUACAAGAUGAUGCUUUGUGUUCGGACAGAUAUUUCAAUGAGUGAAGGAAAGAAAUGUGCGCAAUGUGGACACGCAGCUGUGUGUUGUUAUGAAUUAGUACUCCAACAAAACCCGACCGUUAUUGAAGAGUGGAAGAAAGGUGGAAUGAAGAAGGUAGCUGUUCGUGUCGAGAGUUUAUUUGAGUGGGAAAAUGCAGUGAAAACAUGUCAAGAAUUUGGUAUAGUGUAUUCGGAGAUUGUUGAUGCCGGGCGGACUGAGGUGAGUCCUAACACAAAAACUGUUUUAGGAAUUGGACCGGCUCCAUCCUUUUUAAUAGAUGUCGUCACUCGACAGUUUCGAUUGCUUUAA